UUGAAAGCUGUGAGCACCGGUUAGUGCUGCUACGUAGUGAGAAAAUCUAGAACUACGAGUAGAAAUGAAAUUCGCCAUAUUGCUGUUGAUCUUGGUUGCCUACGGUGGUUAGUAGGAGACGAUGGCGGUUUAAAAACAUGGAGGAGGCUGUCCCAACGUCUGUUGCUUCCAAGGUUCCUUUUCUGGAGGUAUGCAAUCAGCUUGAAAAAAUUAGCCAAAGAUGUGGACUUGACAAGAAGAAAAAGAGGCUAGAGGAGUUUGUUGAAAAAUGGAGAUCAUUUCAUGACAAAAUUCACAAGGAUAAUCAGAAAACCAAAGAUUCAUUCUACCCUGCUAUACGACUUUUCCUGCCUCAGUUAGAGAAAGAACGGGCUGCAUAUGGAAUAAAAGAGACUACAUUGGCUAAAGAAUAUAUAAAGAUCCUGUGCAUUGCUAAGGACAGUCCGGAUGCUCUGAAGUUAAUAAAUUUCAGAUCUCCAAAACAAGCAAAAGAUGGGACAGAUUUUGCAGCAGUUGCAUAUUUCGUACUAAAGAAUCGGUGUGUUGCGAAGGGGACAUUAACUAUAAAAGAUGUGAAUGACUGCCUGGAUGGAAUUGCUGAGGGAAAUGUCAGUAAAAACCGAGUGUUAGCUACAAGGAAUCUACAGAAACUGAUUAGAGAAUGCACAGCACUGGAGCAGAAAUGGCUGAUAAGAAUGAUCCUCAAGGAUAUGAAAAUUGGCAUUAGCCAGUCAUCGGUAUUUAAAGUAUUCCAUCCAGAUGCUGAGGACAUGUACAAUGUCACAAACAACCUAGAAAAGGUUUGCCUGCAGUUGCAUGACCGCAGCAAAAGGUCACACGAAGUGGAAAUCUCUGUGUUCUCGUGUUUUAGGCCAAUGCUUGCAGAACAAGCUUCACCGGAAAAGGUUGAGAAACUGAUGGGUCAUGGUAAGUUCUUCAUUGAGACAAAGUGGGACGGUGAAAGAAUGCAACUUCACAAGAAAGGAAAUGAAUACAAGUACUUUUCUCGAGGGGGAUACGAGUACACAAAGACAUUUGGAAGCAGCUCGUUGGAAGGCACUCUGACACCUUACAUAGCCGACUGUUUUCUCAAGGACAUUCACACAUGUAUUCUUGAUGGGGAAAUGCUUGUGUACCACAUUGAAGAGGAUUUCAUAGGAUCAAAGGCAGAAAAUAUUGACAUCAAGUCAACGAUGCCUGACAGGAGGGAUGUUCAGCCGAUUUUCUGCGUCUUCGACAUUGUGCUAUACAAUGACACUGUUCUCACAAACAAACCACUGACUGAACGCAUGGGCUACAUGCACGAGUCCAAGUUGCUGACUCCACGCACAGGAAGAAUAAUCUUCACUGACAGAAAAGAGGCCAGUACUGCAGGUGAAGCUGUGGAAGCAUUAAACAAUGCCAUCGAUGAACGGAGUGAGGGAAUUGUAGUCAAGUUGCCUUCGUCCAUCUACAAACCAAAUGUUAGGAACAAGGGAGGGUGGCUGAAAGUAAAACCUGAAUAUGUUGGUAGUCUCAUGGAUGAAGUAGACGUGCUCAUCGUUGGUGGUUAUUUCGGAGUUGGCAAGAGAAGUGGUCUGGUGUCCCACUUUAUGGUUGCUGUCGCUGUACCAGCGAAACAACUCGGCGACAACCCUACAGUUUUUCGUUCUCUCGGAAGAGUGGGCUCAGGUUACUCAAUGACCGAACUUCACGACCUCUGUGUGAAGCUAAAGGACAAAUGGCAGGUAUUUAAGAAGAAGUCACCGCCAACCUGUAUCAUACUGGGACUGGAGAAGCCAGACCUUUGGCUGGAGCCAUCACAGGGAUACAUUGUACAGAUAAAAGCAACUGAAAUAACGAAAAGCGACAAGUACGGUACUGGUUGCACACUGAGGUUUCCCAGAGUAGAGCACGUACGAUACGACAAGGCAUGGUACGACUGCAUGACAACAACUGAAUUGGAAGAACUCAGAAAGAAUGCCGAGGGCAAGUUGGCGUCGCGUCAUGUUGCGCUACGUGAGGACGAUGAUGCGGAGAUGCCAGCAGUGAAGAAACGUCGCAUAUACAAAGCAGAGCAAACUAUCUCCGUGCCUGCGCAGUUUCAACCGGCUGACGUUACCGGCUUAAAAAAGCUGUCAGAACUUCUUCAAGGUCGCGAGAUAUGUGUGGUCAAUGGCCCGCCAAGCCAUUCCAAGCAGACGCUGGAGAAGAUGGCCGUUGAACAUGGUGCCACUAUUGUUCAACAUCCAGGUGAGAGAACAUGGUGCGUCGUCACGGACAAGGUGAACCUGCGGGUUCGAAACAUGAUCGAGCAUGACGACUACGACGUCGUAAGAGCAAGCUGGCUCAUUCGCUGCGUGGAGCGGAACACCUUCACCGAGUGGUCUCCUGCCGACAUGCUGCACGCAUCACCAGCGACGACUCGUCAUUUUGCCGAUGGUUUUGACGCCUCCGGCGAUAGCUACACGACUGACACAACACCGUCUCAGCUAAAGACAGCAUUAAUGGCAGUCUCGGAUGAGGCAAAAGAGACGAUGACACCUGAUAGGAUCGCAGAACUUGAACAGGAGUAUUGGCCCAACGAGCCCUUGCUGGGUGUGUUCAGAUUAUGCAGGGUCUACGUGGAUCGAUAUCGUGUGAUAGGUGAAAGCAGCACAGUGAUUAAGAACUCUAGCCUCGAGCUGACAGAGCUAGAGCUGAGAUUUCACGGAGCGACAAUUGCCGAUUAUACAGACGAUAGAGUGACACACGUCGUCGUUUGUGAAAGGGAUACGUCACGUCUCUCUGAACUACGGUCUGUGAACAGAGCUAGGCAGCGCAAGUACAAGAUUGUCAUAAAGCAAUGGGUUUGCAAGAGCUUGGAAUCAAAGUUCCUACACAGUGAGAGGUGCUAUGAACCUCAUUGAGAUUCUGCAAGAAAAUAUUCCAUGCAUGUUAUCUUGAUUUCUUAUCAGCAUGCAUUAUAUCUUCCUACCCUAACACAUUAUCAUUUCAUAGUUUAAUGCAAUUAUUGAGUGGAUAAUUUAAUAAAUAAACUCCUUCAGUGAGUGAUGGAUGAACCAAAACAUGAAUGAUGAAUACUGAAAAGUUGAUAAAUGAUCAGUUAAAUGAAGUGUUAAAAUGCAUGUUAAAAGUAUUAUAUAUUACUAUAUUCUAUGAUUUUUCAAUUAUUUUUAAUUUAUUUACACUUCUGUACAUAUAAUAUAUACACACACGUAUUGUUAAUCGAUACUUUUUACAGUUAUAAAUACAUUGAGAUAAUUGUGAAAAUAAAUACAAUAUUAACUGAAAACAAUUUCUUCUGGUUUUAACGGUAUACUGAAGGCCAUGAGGGUAAUUUGUACCUGCCAUAAUUCAUUUAGAAACGAGAGUAAUUAUGGUACAACAAUAUUUGGGUUUACAAAUUCCUUGGAACCCUAACCUCUGCACACUUGAUGAUAAAUUCAUAGCCAGAUGAAUCUGUUCAAAAACGAUCAACACCAGUGGUACAAAAUAGGUCUGAUUGAAAGAUUUGGAAGUAUCUGUUGGUUAUUGGUAUGCUUGGUGGUUAACUUGGUGAUAUUUCAAUAUGUCCACACCCAUUAAGUGCUCAACUGGAGAACAUCUAGUGCAAUGUGUCAUGCCUAAUAUAAGCUACUCGUCUACACUUCCUGAUAUUGAACUGUUGUUCCUCAUGAAAUAUCUAUUUGCAUCUCAUUUCCCUGUAGGAAUAUAAAUGGAUACACUAGAUACUACCUAUGGAGUGGGCAAGGGCUUGGUUGCCAUCACAGUCAGUAGGUUGCCACAUCUCAAAACUGUGUUUGAAACUUAACAAGUUGAUCCUGUUCCCAUCACAGUCUAUCAUGAUUAUACCAUUAUUAGUAGCUUCGCAUAUAUUCACUCAUGCGCACAAAGCAGCGAUAUUAACUGUUUAUACCUUCAAGCUUUCCUAGUGAAUAAUCUCGAGCAUUAAUGCUGGAGAAUGACCCUGUUGCCUUCAGUUC